AUGGUUCCCGCUCCGGCUCUAGUCCACGGCCCUACCGACCCUGUGCUCUGGCACAAGACACUGGGCGAUCUAAUUGAUGAGCAAGCAUCUCGCUAUGGCACAAAAGGGGCGGUGAUUGUGCCCUGGCAGUCUGUUCGUCUCACCUACAGUCAACUUGCGGAAAAAAGCCGGGUGUUACCUCAGAAUAUUCUCAAUAUGGGCUUGCAUCCGGGCGACUGCGUGGGCAUCAUGGCGAGAAAUCGCUAUCAAUAUACCGAAGUCUUCUUAGGUGCGGGACGAAUUGGUUGUCCGGUCGUAGUGUUGAACAAUACAUAUAUUCCGCACGAGUUAACGAGAGCCGUUCGCCAGAGUUCAUGCAAACUUGUCUUCAUUAGCUUUUCCAUCGGAAAACAAGCUCUUACGGGCCAUGUCGACGCCCUUCGUGGGAGCCAGUCUUCUAACCCAGAACUCCCAGAACUGCGCCGAAUGGUGCUCCUUGGGGAGGAACUGCCUGGUCAGGAGGGCGUGAAAGUUCAUACUGGACAGACAGAGAUUGUUCGAACGAUUUCAUCUGAAGAUAUUCUCAAUCUAUGGUUCACCUCGGUCUCCGCACUCUAUCAUGGAAGUAGCAUUGUCUUUCCUUCGGACUUCUUCGACGUCAAGCAAAUUGUCGAUACCAUUCUGAUAGAGGAUGCGACAGUCAUUCUCGGCGUGCCUACGAUGUGCAUCGCCGAGCUGGAGGUGCUAGCUCAGCUCGGUCGCAAACCACGGCGCCUGCGAACAGGCCUGGCGUCUGGAUCGAGCGUGUCGCAGGACUUGAUGAACCGACUUCAGGAGAAAUGGGGGUCGAGAAGAUGCCGGUCACGUUUGUCACGGGGCUGGAUGACCCCCGAUGAGAAGCGCACGUCGACGGUAGGCAGAGUCAUCCCCCAUACGGCAGCCAAGGUCGUCGAUCGGCACGGUCGGAUCCUGGCCCGAGGACGAGGUGAGCUCUGCACCAGUGGAUUUGCCUUGCAGAAGGGUUUUUGGCAGAAUGAGCAGAGAACGAAGGAGGUCAUGCGGCGGGAUGAGACCAGAGUGAGGAGAAUAUCAUUCCCCGAGAGAAUUGAGGAACGACGGAUGGCCCAUGCGUCUAUCAGCGAGGCCAGUGUGGUGGGCAUCAAGAAUGAACGCUACGGGGAAGUCGUUGGUUGUUUUCGGAAGGCGAUUGGAGCAGCCACCAAACUUUGUCACGAUGAGCUCCGCCACGAUGUCAGUCAGACUUCAGGGCGUCAUAAGGCGCCCCAGCACAUUUUCUGGAUUAGCAAUGCGGCCAAGCACCUCCUACGAGACUUGGGCAAUCGGUUGGCCAGGCUGGAUGAGGUACGCGCUAGAUGUGGCUAG